AACCCAACCCUCACAAGUCCACCGCACGACACAAGCCCCGACGAAAACAACUCAAAUCAAGAGGAGCGGACGACCUGCGCCCACAUCGCCUUUCCCAAGACACGCUUCACACACGCACGCACCGGCACAGCUACCGCUGCCAUUCUAUUUUGUUCCCUUGCGCCAAGCCCAGCGAGGAAGAAGAGAAGAGAAGGAAAGUCGCUCGCGCAGCAGCAGCAGCAGCGAACCCGAUCGAUGGCCUCCGCUGCGGCGUCGCGGCCCGCGGCCCCGCCGCCGCCGCCACCUCCCCCGCCCCCGCCGUCGGCCGCCAUGCAGUGGCUCGCCCCGCGCGUCUCCUUCAGCCUCGAGGACGCCGGCGGGUGCGGCGGCGGCAGGGACGCUGCGGGGGGCGGGGGAGCCAGCGCCGACUUCGAGUUCCUCCUCGCCGGCUGCUCCGCCGUGUCCACCAUGCUCCCCGCCGACGAGCUCUUCUCCGGGGGCAAGCUCGUCCCGCUCCGCCUCCCGUCUUCCUCGGAGGCCGCGGCGGCGGCCACGCGGCCUCCGCUGGCCCCGGCGCCGACAACGCAGCAGCAGCAGCAGCCCGAGACGGCGAGGCCGGAGGAGACGGCGAGGGCGGAGGCGGCCAAGGAUGCGGUGGUGGAGGCGGAGCAGGCGGCGGAGGAGCCCAAGGUUCCGGCCAGGAGGUGGAGGGACCUGCUGCGGAUGCGGAAGCAGCAGGCGUCGUCGUCGUCUUCCUCCUCUUCCUCGACGGAGACCAAGCCGCUCCGCCGCCUCCUCCGCCGCGGGCCGAAGCCGCCGGAGCAGGAGCCGUCCCUCAGCCUCCCGCUCCUCCGCGACCCCAACGAUCCCGACAUGCUGCCCGCGCCGGCACCAGCGUCGGCUCCAACUCCAUCACCGACCCCGCCGCCUCCCGUGAGCACGUCGCAGCACCAGCUGCCGCCCAAGAUCCGGCUCACAGCAGCGCAGGCCGCCGCGCCGCCGCCGCCGCCACCCCCACCCCCGCCCCCUCCCUCCGCCGUGGCGGCCGACAGCCCGCGCCUGAACGCGGCCGGCAAGGUGGUGUUCAACGGUCUCGGCCGCAGCUCCAGCAGCCCGAGCAGCCUGGCGGGCGGGCGGCGCCACCGGCCCGGCUCCGGGUCCGGCUCCGGCGGCAGCGGCAUGGAGCGGUCCUACUCGGCGCACGUGCGCGUGACGCCGGUGCUCAACGUGCCCGUCUGCCGCAAGUCCGUCUCCGUCUUCGGCAUCGACCGGCUCUUCUCCCCGUCCUCCGCGUCCACCGCCGCCGCCGCCCACGCCGCCGCCAAGAAGCAUGGCAAGGUCGCCAAAAAGGAAACCACCGCACCACCAUCCUCCUCGCAUUAAGCUUAGCUCCAGGAGCAAUUCAAUUUGGGAUGUAAAUACCGGCGAGGCCAGCUUAGUGAUCCGGCGAGUUCUUGAAUUUUUUGACGGUGACGAAGUAGUAGCAGGCUUUUCCCAUUGCGUCGUGUUGCGUUGUUUGUUUGUUUGCUUGGCGACGGCUGAGAAAGUGGAAACUGAUGAAAAAGGUUUGGUACGUA